AUGGGACGCUUUAAGCCGCUUGCAAUUAAGAAAAAGUACGCAAAGAAGCUGAAGCAAAACAGGCCCGUGCCGUACUGGAUUCGUCUUCGCACGGGCAAUCGCAUAAAGUGGAAUGAGAAGCGCCGCCACUGGCGCCGUACGAAACUUCACUAUUAA